UUGGGUCCAUCAUAGUUGGUAGUGCAGGAUAUAGCUACUAUGAAAACCACAUCACCACCACACCUUUCACAGGAAGAAAAAGGUUUAUGGUCUUCACUCCAAACCAGCUGUUUACCAUCUCGCAAGAAAUGUAUCAUGAGGAAAUGGCUCAGUUUGCCAACCAGAAGAUGCCAGCUGAUCAUCCAAUGGUUACGCGAGUAAGCAGAGUGGGUAACCGAUUACUCCAAGCCAACAACAAGAUUCCUCAGCUCUAUACUAAAGUCUGGACUGUUACAGUUAUUGAUGAUCCUACAAAGAAUUGUUUAGUUUUGCCUAGUGGUGACAUUAUUAUGUUCCGGGGAAUGAUGGACUUGUUUGAGAAUGAUGACCAGUUAGCUACAAUUCUUGCACAUGAGAUGAGUCACGCUAUACUUGAGCAUGCUGCCGAACAGCUGAGUCAUGGAUAUCUUCUUGACACCCUCAUUCUGUUGCCUUUGGCAGUCAUUUGGGCUUUUUUACCAAGUGAUGGUAUUGCUGCUGUCACUCACUGGUUCCUUCUGAGAGUUGUUGAAGUGCUUCUAAAGUUGCCUUACUCAAGAAGUAUAGAAGAUGAAGCAGAUUCUGUUGGGUUGCAGUUAGCUGCAAAGGCUUGCUAUGAUGUUAGAGAAGCAAGUGCAUUUUGGGGUAAAUUAUGUUUACAAGAAGAAAUACGAAAGCAGGCAGGCAUGGAAACAGACUCGGUCCCAGCAUUUUUGUCAACGCAUCCAUCAAACAGCAGUCGACAAGCAAGGAUAGAUGAGCAAAUGCCAGAUGCUCUAAAAUUGCGUGAAUUUUGUCAG